UCUAAACAAAAAAACAAAAUCCAUUCCUUUCAAAUUUUUUUCAUUUAUUAUCAAAAAAAAAAAUUUUCCGACAUUAUUCAAAUGUUAUCCACACAAGGUGUUGAUCUGAUUGUCAAAACAACAACAGCGGCGACGAUAUCAGCUACAGCAGUUUCCGAUCAUCGUCAUCAAAGGCCAUUGUAUAAUAUUAGUAAUAGCAAUAAUAAUAAUAAUCAUUCAAAUGAAAAUACAUAUAGUCAUAAAUUUAAUAGGACUAAUAAUAAUCAAUUAUCAUCAUAUCAUCAAAUACCGGAAAAUUUUGAAACUUAUUUCGAUUUAAAUAAUACUACGGUUGAAGAACGAUUCCAAUCGGAUGAUUUAUUGAUCGAACAAGAAGAAUCGUUAUUCAUACCGUGUACGGAUACAAUAGAAUUUGACGAUUUGGAAAAAACAACAAUGAGCAAUAGUACUCAGGUUUCAGUACCACCCGUUCAAUUUCUCCAAACAAAUACGUUUGGUGAAUUAGUCAUGUCCGGAUCUGGCCAGAUUAAUGAAUCGAUGAUGAAUAAUAAUAAUAAUCAUCAUCAUCAUCAUGAAUUAUCACAUCAUCAUCAACUUUGGAGUCAUUCAGAUUUUGUUAAUGGAGUCAGUUCGACGUCGGCAAAUAACAAUAAUGGUGGUGAUGCAAUAAAUUCAAAUGGCCAAACAAUGAUGAUCGAUGAAAAUGGCGAUACGACAGUCGUUCAUAAUGGUGCAAUUACGAUUAUAUCAAAUGGCCAUCAUCACCAUCAUAAUCAUCAUCACAAUACUCCAGAACUACAUGAACUAACACCUACAGAUUUAUCAAAAUUUUUGGACGAUGAUGAUCUAAUGGGCCCAAGCUCUAAUCUUUCGGAUACAGUCAUGAAUGGUGUACAUGGCUCUUCGGCUAUGAACAAUGCAUUUGUUUGUGAUCUUGAUUCAUUAUUGGAUGAUCUCCACGCUGAUUCCACCCAUCUUUUGUUAACAAAUCCAGAAAAAUUACUUUCACAGCACAAUGAUGGAACAACUACGACGACCAAUAAUAACAAUACAUCUUCAAAUACGAAUUCCUCUUCCUCAUCAUCAUCAUCAUCACCUCCAAGUCAACAGCUUCAACAUUUAAAUUUAAAUCUAAACAACAGUAAUAAUGACCAAAUUGAAAUUCUGUCCACAACAAGAUCAAACAACAAUAAUCAAACCAUUCUACUCUCGUCAUUAUUAUCCUCAUCAUCAUCAUCCUCAUCAUCCACAUCAUCAAAUUCAUCAUCUACAUCAACAUUAUCACCGACACCGAUAUCAAAUGAUGACGAUCAUACAACAACGAUAAUUACGACUAUAGAUUUAGACAUACCAAAUUCAUAUAACACAAAUGAAAAUCAUUGUUCAUCGACGAACAAUACUGCUAAUAGUAAUAAUUCAAUGAUCGAAAAUAAUUCCAUAGUGAUCGUAUCAUCACCAACAUCUACAUCUACACCGCCACAAUUUGGAUCCCAACAACGUCAACAACAGCAACAAUCAACGAAAUCUAAUCUUGCUACAACGUCAGUGUCAGCGACAACCACAACUACCAUGUCGAGGACUAUUAAUUCCAAUUAUUCGUUACCAUUGGCUAGAAAAAGCCAAACAGUCAAUGAAAAACCACAACAACAACAACAACAUCGUCGAAUCUCAAUUGAAACUCGUGAACAUCUAGGCAAACCAAUAUUUUCAUCAUCUCGAUCAACUAAUCGUCAUCAAACAUCUCAACAACGACAAGUAACUCAACAACAAUCUCAACCAUUACCGGAUUCAACAACACCGACACCUUGUUCAUCUAAUUCAACAAACAAAUUAACAAAUGGUGGUUCGAUUUUACAAAAUGCAUUAUUACAACCUCGUACAACAUCUUCAACAACAUCAUCAAUAUCUACACAAAAUUCUAAUUCAUCCACAACGAACAAAAGUAAUAAUGAUUCCACAAAAAGUGAACAAUUUUAUAAUUUAGUGCAACAGCAGCAACAACAACAACGCCAACAACAACAUAUUUCAUCGAAAAAUAAUUCUAUUGAUGGAUGUGAACCAAGUUCAUCAGAAUUGGCUAGUUCCUCAUCAAAUUCAUUAUCACCAUCAUCAACUUCAUCAUCAUCACCAUCAUCAUCUUCAUCAUCAUCAUCAUCAUCGACGCCGACUGCAAUUGCUGUGAAUAAAUCAAAUUCAUCAUCAACAUCUACAACAAAUAUCAAUAAUAAUAAAAAUAAUCUGGUCGUUUUGAAUGGUUCAAGUGGAUCAUCUUCAUCGUCAUCAUCAGCAGCGAAUGCCGCCGCAACAACGAAUCUAUUACAAAAUAUACUUCAGCAACAUCAUCAACAUACAUCUGGUACACAUCAUCCUGGUCAUCAUAAUAUUGGCCAUCAUCAUCCACAUCAUACUACAGCUCAUCAUUUACAUCAUUUAAAUCAUCAAUUACAUCAUCAUCAAACAAUAUCAAAUAAUCGAUGGUCACCAACAAAUCGUCAUCAUACGGGAACGACAUCAUCAUCAACACCCGGUGUAACCGGAACAACAAAUACAAAUAGUCCGUUACCACCAUCACCAGCAGAUUCUGGUGUUAGCGAUGUUGAUUCUCAUUACAGUUCGAAUGAUGAACAAAAUCAUCAUCAUCAUCAUCAACAACAACAACAAUCGUAUCAACAGAAUUCAUUUUAUUAUGGACAAACACGGUCUCAGCAACAAAAUUCAGCAUUAGUUGCUGCAUCUACUGCUGGAGGAAAUACAUCAGUAUCUGGUAAUUCUGCGCCAACUAGUUCAACACAAUAUUCUGAUGGUCCUUUAGCGUUACAUUCACCCGUUUCUGGUCAUCUUCAAAAUCGAUUCAAUGGUUUUACUCAUCCAUCAACAAAUGGAUCACAAUCACAUCAUUCACCACCACGUACCGGUACUCCUAUCCAUCAAGCGAAUGGUCUUGCUCAUCCAAGUCUAUAUGCUGCUGCAGUACAAAGUUUAGAAUCACCAUCAUCGACCACACCAAAUGGAUCGAAUACCGGACCAUCGAAUUCUUGCACUAAUCAAACAAGUUCUCAACAGCAAUUAUUGUCUGCAGCAUUACAAGCGGCUGCGGCAGCCAGUGGUUCGUUGAUCCAUCAUGCUGCACAACAACAACGACGUCCACCUGGACCAUCAUUGUCAAUGGAUUCAUUCUAUAGUCAACAAUUUGUUCAAACAAGUCCUUCAAUUGGUGAUCAUGGUAAAGGUAAUCAAAUUAAUAAAAUUGGACUUGCACUAAUGAAUAUUUUAUCGCCAUCUGUUAUCCUAGCAUUAAAUAUGUCCACAUCGAUCGAGGAUUCACAUCAUUUGCAUCCAUAUCAUCAUCAUGCUCAUCAUCUAAAUCAAACAGGAAUGACCGCUAAUGGUAAUAGUUCAUUGGUUAAUGGUGUACAAGCAUUAAAACGUAAAAAGGGACGAAAACCUAAAGCUUUGGAUGGACCGAACUUAACACCGGUUGGCUCAAAUCAUAAUUCUAAUCCAAAUCCAAAUGGUCUAACGCCAUCGACGAAACGCAAAAGUCGUGAAAGUUCAACUACUUAUUUAUGGGAAUUUUUGUUAAAAUUGUUACAAGAUAAAGAAUAUUGUCCUCGUUAUAUCAAAUGGACUAAUCGUGAAAAGGGUAUAUUCAAACUGGUCGACUCGAAAGCUGUUUCACGUUUAUGGGGCUUACAUAAAAAUAAGCCCGACAUGAAUUAUGAAACAAUGGGAAGAGCUUUAAGGUAUUACUAUCAACGUGGAAUUUUAGCUAAAGUCGAUGGUCAACGUUUAGUCUAUCAAUUCGUUGAUGUACCCAAAGAUGUCAUUGAUAUUAAUGGAUCAAGUCCUAUGUCUAAUAAUGGUACAACCAGUGAUGCCAACAACAAUAAUAAUAAUAAUAAUAAUAUUGUUGCGAUGAACAACAAUGCUGCUGCUGCAGCAGCGUCUCUAUUGAAUGGAGCCAAUUUGACUAAUAAUCAUGGUCAUGGUCAUAAUCUGUAUUCCGCUCUUGGAUCGCCAUAUCAUCUAACUAAUGGAUCAGGAUCAAAUUCAUUGUUAGGAGGAUCGCCAAUUCCUCCACCAUUAGUAGCUCCACCCGGAUCCAAUAAUAAUAACACACAAUCAUAUGCCUAUGCUGCUGCACUCAAACGAGCGGAAUCGUCUGCAAUGAAAUGUGAUUCUUUUUCUCUGGAUGAUCUUUGAAAUGUCAAUUCGAACUAAUACUUGAAAAAGAAUAAC